AUGGGAAGGGAAGGGCCCGAGUGCUCUGCCAACCCUAAAUGUAACAACGGCAAGGGGCAGUGCCGGGAUUGGUGCGAGCCUUGGGAGGACCAGGUGCAUGGGGGCUGCAGCUCAGGAUGUAACUGCUGCGUGCCCAAGAAUGAAGCGUUGGCCGAGCUGGAGAAGUGCAUCAAGGCAGGCGGGCUGUUCAAGACCAAAUGUACCCUUGAUGAGGAGGAGGUUGCCGGAGGAUGCUCGUCUGUUGACUACUGCUGCUGCGCCCCUCGUGACACUGUAGAACACAAAUCUUAUUCGAUGCUUUAUAGAUUUAUUGUAUUGAAACGCCCAUUGCAGAGUGCCACAACCAGCCUACAUGUGGAGGUGGACAUGGUCAAUGCAAGUCCUCUUGCAAUAUUUGGGAACAAGAAACCUACGGGGGCUGUGGUGGACACUGCAAUGAUCGCGGAGCUGGAAGAAUGCGUAAGAGCGGGCGGAUCAUUCAAGUCCAAGUGCAUGGAGACAGAGAAAGUUGUGGGCCGGGGCUGCUCCGCGACCAGCGACUACUGUUGCUGUGUCGCCAAGGAUGUGUGUCUGGGCCAGCCGUCGUGUGCCGGAGGCCACGGAAGAUGCCGCGAGUGGUGCAGCCUUGGGGAGAAGGAGAGUCCCGCCGGCUGUGGCUUCCACUGCAAGUGUUGCAUCCCCUUCGCUGAUGCGUGUGAUCCUGAUGAGACAUGUGAACACGGCACUGGCCAAUGCAGGACUUGGUGCAACUCCUCUGAAAAGGAGGUUGCCGGAGGAUGUAGCAAUAACUGCAAGUGUUGCGUUCCCUCACAUGAUGUGGAAGCAAUAGAGAAAUGUCUGAAUUCGGGAGGCACCAUCAAGGCUCAAUGUAAUGCGCUGGAGAAAGAGGUCGGUGAAGGGUGUGCAACUGCCUCCUACUGCUGCUGCGCGCCUAAAGACGUGUGCCAGACGUUCCCGGCGUGCCACCAUGGACGCGGGUAUUGCCGCGAUGUCUGUAAUGACGAUGAGAAAGAAAGUUAUGGAAACUGUGGAUCGAGCUGUACCUGCUGUGUGCCGAAGAUCAGUGAGAAGAAGGUGGGCGCAGGUUGCAGCUCCUCCUCCAAGUACUGUUGCUGCGCUCCUCUAGAUCCGUGCCAAAACAUGCCGCUGUGUGAUCACGACAAAGGAUUCUGCAGGACCAAAUGUCACGAACAUGAAAAGGAAAGUUACGGCAACUGCGGGUUACACUGCAAGUGCUGUGUGCCAGUAAUUGACGCCGCUGCAGCAGACAGGUGCCUCAAGGCAACGGGCUCCAUCAAGAGGAAAUGUUCCUCCUUGGAGCAGGAAGCGGCUGACGGCUGCGAGGGUUACAACGGCUACUGCUGCUGCAUCCCUAAGGACAUUUGCCUCCUGGAACCAAGGUGUGACAACGGCGCUGGCAACUGCCGCACAAGCUGUCUGGCGUGGGAAGCUCCCACAACUGAUCCUUGUGGCGAUAAGUGCGUGUGUUGUACAGUAACAACUACAACAUCUUAA